AUGUCUGCAAGUGGUAGUGGGAAGGAUUUUGGAGAAGGAUCAAGCCCUCCAAUAGAUUAUCAACAACAACAAAAUCAAGGGACACUUAGCCGCUAUGAAUCUCAAAAGAGAAGGGAUUGGAACACUUUUGGGCAAUACUUGAAGAAUCAGAGACCCCCAGUUCCACUUUCUCAGUGCAAUUGCAACCACGUAUUGGAUUUCCUUCGGUAUCUGGAUCAGUUUGGAAAGACCAAGGUUCACCUUCAAGGGUGCAUGUUCUAUGGGCAACCAGAACCUCCAGCACCAUGUACAUGCCCUCUUAGACAAGCUUGGGGAAGCCUUGAUGCUCUCAUAGGGAGGCUCAGGGCUGCUUAUGAGGAAAAUGGUGGGCCCCCAGAGACUAAUCCUUUUGCAAGUGGUUCCAUUCGUGUGUAUCUCAAAGAGGUUAGAGAGUGUCAAGCUAAGGCAAGAGGUAUCCCUUACAAGAAGAAAAAGAAGGGCACAAAUCAAAUCAAGGGAAAUGAUGAAUCAAGCUCCACCAUGCACUUCUCUUGA